AUAUAAAUAAAUGUCCUCCUUCAAUCAAAACACAUUAACUUCACCACAUUUAGCUUCAGAAGUAGCAACAAUCAAAACAAUAUACCUUCAAAUCACAACAAACACACAUCAACUAUGGAUCACAGAUCAUCAUCAAAACAUGAUACUGAAGUUGCGAUCAAAUCAACUAAUAAGGGAUUACUAUUAUCUAAACCUUAUGAACCCUGUCACUCAAUUUCUUCCACUUCUUCCAAGACCAAUGGCACUGAAAGAGAAGCAAGUUCAAGUCCCAAGUUAAUUGAAAUCAUGAAACAGAAGUUGAGUCAUGGUGCCCAAAUGAUUCAACUAGGCAGCACUCCAGGUAAAAUCUUUAGGAAAAUCUUCGGUAUCAGAGAGGAAGAGAAACUGUUACAGGCUUCCCAAUGCUUCUUGUACACUACAGCAGGUGUAAUUGCAGGCAUCCUUUAUGUGUCUACAGAAAGGGUUGCGUUUUGCAGUGAUAGGUCCCUUAAAACUUAUUCUCCCACAGGCGAGCUGCUAAAGUUCCAAUAUAAGGUGUCAAUCCCGUUAGGAAAGAUAAAAGGAGUAAGAGAAAGCAUGAACACGAAGAGGCUGUCAUAUAACUCAUAG